GCCUUCAUGACGUACAGUCCGAAACACUAAAUAGAAAAGCCUUUCAGGCUUUGGUAGCUUUAUAGCUACACUUGACACCCAACCCAAGCCCAAGCCAUCGUCCUUACCGAGACCCAAGCCACAUUCCUUUUGCCCAACCUCAACCCGGACCCCAUCCAGACAUGGCCUGUGCCCCUCUGUUACUCGAACAGUUCAUCUACAAGAAGCGCAAUUUCGCCUACGCCUUUGUGCGCCAUCGUUUAUUCGUGUUAUGCAAACAGUCGCUAAUUCGCGUUCAGUCUGCGGAGGGCAUCAAACGCAUAGAGAUCUCGCCCAAAUCCAAUCUGAAGCAGCUCUACGAAAUCGUCCACAAUGCGUUGAAGGUGGAUGGAUUUGGGCUGUUCAAGGAGCGAAGCUUCCUAACAGAGCUGCAUGCCAGUGGCAGCCAGCUGGUGGGCACAUCCCUGAAGCAUGGUGACUUGGUCUACUUGAAACAGCUGGCUGGCACAUCGGCUCGACGAACUAGCACCACUGUCUUGGACAGCCAAGCGUUCAGGACCAGCGAAAAGACAAGCAACAGCAACCCAAACAGUGCACGUCCCUCCAUCAAUGUGGUCGAGGAUGAGGUUGACCAGGCGUUGAGCAAGGUGGAUGGUACCAUCAAGCGGGAACGUGACAGCAAGCUCUGCCAUCAUAAUGCCAACGGCCGUUGCGUCCACUGCUCCGCCCUGGAGCCCUACAAUGAGGCCUAUCUGAAGGAGCAGAACAUCAAGCACUUGUCCUUCCAUUCGUACAUACGCAAACAGACUUCGGGCAUGGAUCAAGGAAAGUACUUUGUCUUCGAUGAUAUCAACUGCCGCAUCAAGCCCGGCUGUCGCGAACAUCCGCCAUGGCCCAAAGGCAUCUGUUCCAAGUGUCAGCCGUCUGCCAUCACUCUGAAUCGUCAGACCUACCGCCACGUGGACAAUGUUAUGUUCGAGAAUACCAAGAUUGUUGAGAGAUUCCUGAAUUACUGGCGCACAACUGGUCAUCAGCGCAUGGGCUAUCUGUAUGGGACAUACGAGCAGCACACGGAUGUUCCGCUUGGUAUUCGGGCAAAGGUGGCAGCCAUCUAUGAACCGCCGCAGGAGUCAACACGCGACUCGAUCAACAUUCAGCCGGAUGAGGGAGCCGACGAUGUCGAUGCCGUGGCAAAUGCGCUGGGACUGAAGAAGAUUGGUUGGAUUUUCACAGAUCUCAUCACGGAGGACGCGAGUGCCGGCACUGUUAAACAGAUCCGAGGCAUCGAGUCGCACUUUAUCACGGCCCAGGAGUGCAUCACAGCCGGCGAGCUGCAGAAUCGCCAUCCAAAUCCCUGUAAAUAUGCCUCCAGUGGCGUCUUUGGCUCAAAGUUCGUGACCAUUUGUGUGACGGGAGAUAAAACCAAACAAGUGCACAUGGAGGGCUAUGCGGUAUCCGCUCAGUGUAUGGCUUUGGUGCGUGAUAAAUGCCUGAUACCCACUAAGGAUGCGCCCGAGCUGGGCUAUGUGCGGGAGUCCACAGACAAACAAUAUGUUCCAGACGUUUUCUAUAAGGAAAAGGACCAAUACGGAAACGAGGUGCAGCGCCUGGCGCGCCCCCUGCCCGUCGAGUAUCUGCUGGUGGAUGUGCCCGCCUCGACGCCCCUGCAGCCGCAGUACACCUUCACCGAGUACGACAAGCGCCAACCAUUUCCUAUCGAGAACCGCUACAUCGAUGGCCACCUGCAGGACUUCAAUGCCCUCAGCUGCUAUCUGUCCGCCUGGGGCGAGGAGGAGUUCCUCGAGGCCAUCUCGGACUUCCAUCUGCUGGUCUAUCUGUACAAGAUGGACAUGCUGCCGCUGCGCCAACACAUGGGUCCGCUCCUGGAAGCGGUGCGCACCAAGAACCCCAACCAGGCAGCCAAGUUUAAAAUCGAGGAGGUGUGGAAGCUUCUCGAAUCGCUUAUUCAGGCCAGCUCCGGCGGCAGCGGUGGGACCACCAGCUAUCCCAGCGGCGGGGCGGCGGCCAGUGCCGGUGCGGCUGGAGUGGAGGCAAUGGACUUGGACGCCAACACAUGGACGUGCAACCACUGCACCUUCAUCAAUCGCGGCGAACUCACUUCCUGCGAGAUAUGCUCGCUGCCCAGAUAAGGAUCCCUGGACCCACACAAUUCCAUGUGGUGCAGCCCGGAUGAUAGACCACUCUAAAUUCUGGUGUAGAACAAAACUAAAGAUUGAAUCAUACUUACUUAUGGCGGCGGCGACAGGAAGACAUGGAGUGUCCCUCACACACACAUACGCAUACACAAAAAACACAUAGAGGCAAAUGUGGCGCUUUCUCUAUAUAUGUAAACAUUGUGUAAGAAUUUUAUUAAAUAAAACAACCA